ACUACCAGCGAGGAACCGGUCCCCUGAUCCCGGCUCCGUGAUGCUGAUGCUGAUGAUGCCUCGUUGCUCAUGGGCUUCUUCGUGGACCCGCAUGGGCUUCUCCUCCACCCUCCUGCGUGGGGGCUCGCAAAGCGGCCGUCUCGGGGUCUUUCCCCCAUUGGCAAAGCGGCUCUGGAGCCCAUCCAUCCGGCAAGCCCAGGAGCCCUUCCCACUGGACGGCUUUGUGAACCGCGAUGUGGAACUUUUCUACCACGAGCGAUCGCGCUUCUUCCGCAACGUGGGGCUGUUUUGCGUAAGCCAGUUCGCCUUCUGGCUCUACCUGGCCGACCUCGCCUUUACGACCUUGCGGGAAACGCCAGCUGUCCCGGAGAAACCAGGCUCCGAGGAGUCCCCCGGGCCACCCCCGGCCCCGGCCCGGCCCUGGCUGGGUAACCUCUUCAACCUGACCUCGGGGAACUUUGGCUCCGCUCAGUGGCGCUACGGCUUCUCCGCCACCUGCGUGGCCGUCGGUACCCUGAUUUUUGUGGCGGGCUUCGUCUUCGCGCGACGGUCGGUCAGCCGGGUCCUCCUCCUCCGCGGCAGCCAGGAGGUGACCUUUACGACCUAUUACCUCUUCGGCUACACUUCGUCCUUCACGGUGCCCCUUCGCCAUAUCUCCUGCACGUCCCACCGUUCGGAAGUGGCCGCAAUCAUCCCGCUCAAGAUUAAAGGGAAGCCUUUUUAUUUCUUGCUGGACAAGCAGGGAUCCAUCGCCAGCAACCCACUCUUCGACAUCACCGUGGGGGCCUAUCGCAAAUGGUGAAGGUCCUUAUCCGGGGGCCACCACGUGUCCAGAGGCUGCUGGAAGAGAGAAGAGGCAAAACGCAGACCUUAAAAAAAAAUCCAGAAUUCACAGCUCCUUCCCUGUGGGAACUUUUUGAAUUCUAUCCUCCACACCCUUCCGCUUUAAAUUAAAUUUAAAUUUAAAGAAAGACCUUAAAAAGAGGAAGAGAAGGCAGCUCAGGGGGCGAGACGGAUGCUCCCUUACUCGAAUUGUACUUGAGCCUGGGUGUUAAAAAUAUAGAAGGCCUCUGGUUUCCAAAUGCGUAUCGUCUCCUCGCCCAGAGGAUGGUGGGGACUCAUAACAUGAAUUUAAAUAUGAAUAUCUCUACAUUUGGCCCAGCGAUGCUAAUGCUGUGUGGCACCAAGGGUGGAGGGCACUCAUAUACGAACUUAAUGUGAAUUGAUGUAUGAAUAUCUUACCAAUUUUGCCCACCAAUGAAGAUAUUGGGUGUAAAAAAUAUAGAAAGCAUCUUUUUUCCCCCCCAAAUAUGUGUCUUGUCUCCAAAGGUGGUGGUGGGGAUUGUCUGUCUUCUGUCUCCUUCUAUCCAUCCAUCUAUCCCUCUUUAUCUGUCUAAUCUAUCUGUCCAACUCAUUCUAUCAUCUAUUUCAUUCUAAGCUAUCGCUGUCGCAGUCUGUCUGUCUUUAUCUAUCAUCCAUCCAUCCAUCUCUCCUCUCUGUCUAUAAUCUAUCUCUAUCAUCCAUCCAUCCAUCCAUCCAUCCAUCCAUCCAUCCAUCUAUCUAUCUAUCUAUCUAUCUAUCUAUCUAUCUAUCUAUCUAUCUAUCUAUCUAUCUAUCUAUCUUCUAUCAUCUAUCUAUCUUUCUCUCUCUCUAUCUAUCUGGUAUCCAUCUAUCUAUCCAUCCAUCCAUCUAUCUAUCUAUCCAUCCUUCCUGUCUAUUAUCUAUCUACCUACCAUCCAUCCAUCCGUCCAGCUAGCUACCAUCUAGCUAUCUAUCUGUUAAUCCAUCUAUCCAUCAUUCCUGUCUAUUAUCUAUCUAUCUUCCUUCCAUCCAUCCAUCCAUCCAUCCAUCCAUCCAUCUAUCUAUCUAUCUAUCUAUCUAUCUAUCUAUCUCUACCUACCUACCUAUCAUCUAUCUAUCUAUCAUCUAUCUACCAUCUAUCUUCUAUCAUCUAUCUAUCUAUCUUUCUCUCUCUCUCUCUAUCUAUCUAUGGUAUCCAUCCAUCCAUCUAUCCAUCUUUCCUGCCUAUUAUCUAUCUACCUUCCAUUCAUCCAUCUAGCUAGCUAUCAUCUAGCUAGCUAUCUGUCCAUCCAUCUAUCCAUCUAUCCAUCAUUCCUAUUAUCUAUCUAUCUUCUUUCUUUCUAUCUGUCUGUCUAUCUAUCUAUCUAUCUAUCUAUCUAUCUAUCUAUCUAUCUAUCUAUCUAUCUAAUCUUUUCAUUUUAAAUUUUGCCAGUCAAUGCCAUUAGGUCUCUCUGCCCCAAAAUAUAGGGGUUUUAGCCCUUUGAAAGCCAUGUUUAAAGUUAAUUCCUCUCAACAUCCAUUUCCAGCAAUUUGGAGGAACUUUGAGCCCUUGUCAAAAUACCUCCCAGUUUCUGUAGCUGAAGAAAGGAAGGGAAAAACAAAACAAAACCCACUGCUCUGCUACCAGCAAAAAGUGGAUUAUUUUGGAAUAAUAACGGGGAGGCCCUGCCCUCAACCUCUUUGAGUUAAAACAAAGAGAAGGAAUUUGCUUUAAUCCUCCUCCCCCUAAGCAUCCUUUGCUUGCAGCUGCUGUUGCCACGGCAACCUCAGCCUCUGCAGUGAGAGGGAACCAAAAUGGCGGCUCCAGGGACCGGAGAGCUGGGUGGCGGGGAGACCCCAACCAUGGUUCACGAGAGAGCGGACCCCGAAAGGGAGACAGCAGGGCAGCAGGGAAGCCGAGGUAAGCCAUUUCAGGCUUUUUGGCAACUGUUCUGCAUGCACGUUUUAAAUUCUCUAUCUAUCUCUCUACAUCUAAACUAUAUGUCUGUCUGACUAUCUCUACCUACCUACCUAUCUAUAUCUACAUCUAUAUCUGUAGGUCUGUCUGUCUAUAUUGUUUCCUUCCUCCCUCCCUCCCUUGCAUCUAUCUAUCUAUCUUAUUUCCUUCCUCCUUCCUUCCCUCUCCUUCCUCCCUCCCUCCUUCACAUCCAUCUAUCUAUCUAUCUAUCUAUCUAUCUAUCUAUCUAUCUAUCUAUCUAUCUAUCUAUCUAUAUCAUUUCCUUCCUCCUUCCUUCCUCCCUCCCUCCCUUGCAUCUAUCUAUCUACCUAUCUAUAUCAUUUCCUUGCUUCCCUCUUCUCUCCUCCCUUCCUCCCUUCUAUCUAUAUCAUUUCCUUCCUCUUUCCUUCCUUCCUCCCUUGUAUCUAUCUAUCUAUCUAUUUAUCUAUCUAUCUGUCUAUCUAUCUAUCUCAUUUCCUUCCUCCUUCCUUCCCUCUCCUCUCCUUCCUCCCUCCCUUCCUCCCUCACAUCUAUCUAUCUUAUCUAUCUAUCUAUAUCGUUUCCUUCCUCCUUCCUUCUUUCCUUCCUCCCUCCCUUGCCUCUAUCUAUCUAUCUAUCUAUCUCAUUUCCUUCCUCCUUCCUUCCCUCUCCUUUCCUUCCUCCCUCCCUCACAUCUAUCUAUCUAUCUAUCUAUCUAUCUAUCUAUCUAUCUAUCUAUCUAUCUAUCUAUCUAUAUCAUUUCCUUCCUCCUUCCUUCCU